AUGAGAUUAUCCAUCUUUUUCAUUGCACUGAUGACCUCGGUCUCAUCCGCAGCCUCGACUGAGGAUCCAGGCCCAUCUCCUACUGCUUCAAUCGGUUGUGAGCCACACGGAGACCAUUGGCACUGCGACGGCCCAGCCUCAACAGCUGUCUCAGGUACAUCAACCACAAGCGAGGUUGAAGUGAGCACCACAGUAGAUGCUUCCCCCACAAUUCCCAGUCCUACCGAGUCUACUGGCUGCGAGCCACAUGGCGAUCACUGGCACUGUGACGGUCCGGCGUCGACAACUGUCUCGGGUACAUCAACAGCAAGCGAGGCUGAAGUGAGCACCACCUCUGCGGAUGCUUCUCCUGCAGUCCCUAGUCCUACCGAGUCUACUGGUUGUGAGCCACAUGGUGACCACUGGCACUGCGAUGGACCGGUCGAGACGGCUAGUGGUUCCACGAGUGCAUCUGCCAGUGCAUCUGCGAGUGCUUCCGCAAGUACCUCUGCGGGUACCUCGGCAAGUUCCGGCGAUGAUGAAGGCGGUGCCGGGGCAAUUGGAGUGCAGAUUUCCCUGCUUGUUGGAUUGUCACUUGUCGCUGCUGGACUGAAUAUUUGA